AUGCUGGCGACGAGAUCACUGUGUCAGCAGGCACUACGUCUGACAUUGUUCACACGGCAGAAUUGUGGGCUUUGCCGGGACGCCAAAGUCGUCCUGUCAGGAGUCAGGAAAAAGCGCGACUUCGGGUACGAGGAGAUCGAUGUGAUGACUGCAGGACAGCAGAAAUGGAAGGAUACAUAUGAAUUCGAUACACCUGUCGUCCACAUCGACAAAAGCAAUGCUGGAGGCAAGAUCGGCGAGACCACGACCAAGGCCAAGAAGCUGAUGCACCGCUUCAAGGAGGUCGAGCUCAUGUCUGCUAUGGACGAGGUCGGAAAUUAG